AUGGUAGGCAAGAAAGAAUGGAAAGUAACUGAUAUUUCUGACUUAAGCGGUCGUGUCGCAAUUGUGACUGGAGGAAACACUGGACUCGGAUAUAUCACUAUUCGUGAACUGGCCCGGAACGGUGCCCGAGUAUACAUGCUCAGCAGAACGGAAUCGCGCGCCCUCGCUGCGAUUGAAAAGAUCAAGACGGAACUAGGUUCUGAACUGAACCCCGAGAUUGAAUAUAUCAACUUCAAUCUUUUGAGUCUCAAAUCCGCCAAGAAGGCCGCCGAGGAGUACAUGCAACGCGAGCAGAGACUGGAUAUUCUGGUUAACAACGCUGGUAUCAUGGCUACCCCAUACGAGUUAGGCCCCGAUGGGAUCGAAAUGCAAGCAUGCAAUGGGACUGGCCAUUUCGCAUUGACUGUCACACUCAUUCCUAUACUGAAAGAUACAGCUGCAAUGCCAGGCUCGCAUGUUCGGAUAGUGAACAUCACAUCCGGUGGCUAUAUGUUAGCGAAUAUGACAAAACCUGAUUUCACUUCCUUGGAGGGUCUGAACCAAAAAACCUUUGGAACCUGGGGCAGGUAUGGUUUGUCAAAGUUGACGAAUAUCUUGUUGACCAACGAGCUCCAGAAGCGGUUCACUGCGGCUGGGAUCAAUAAUAUAUAUUGUUUGGCUGUUCAUCCUGGUGCUGUGAACACUGAACUGUCGCGCGGACUCCUAGAAUCUUGGCCCUUCCUUGCGCCUCUACGGCGAGUCGGGAGAAUGAUGACCACCAACCCUGACCGAGGUGCUCUGACGCAACUAUAUGCGGCGACUUCUCCAGAGGUUGUAGAAAAAGAUCUCAAAGCCACAUUGCUCUUCCCCAUCGCCCAAGUGGAAGCCAAAGCGUCCAUUGCGAAAGACAAGGAUGGGAAACUAGGUAGAGACUUUUGGAGACUUUGCGAGGAACUAAUGCGACAGAAAGCCUGACGCCGUCUCCAAAUCAUAUCUUCCACGCCCGCUCAGUGUUACACAUGUGUAUACAACGUCCAGAUAUUUCACCUGAUUUAAUUUAGUUAAUUUGGUUAGUUUGGUUUCCCUACACCUUGGUUUCGAAGUAACCAGUUCAAGCUUGAAGGAUAUCUGCCUGAAGUUUCACAACGUAACGCAAUUUUCCCAUACCUGAAAUCAACUAGGCUGCAAAUACUGUAUAUAAAUCUAUCAGUCCAUUUCUUGUAAACAAUCUACCAUCGACGAGUCGCCCGCAAGCGGACUAUCUCAGCUCUGGUUAAUCC